AUGCAGACGUUUCAGAACACUUGGGAGGCACUAAAUGACAGCGUGAUUGCUCGAGCAAAUGCAGAGGGGCUGCGCUGUCCGGCUGCAGUAAUUCACAAAGGUGUCGAAUCAGGGGACAUGUCUAAACGCGAAUUCUUGCAAACUGUGGAUGAACUCCUUUUUACAAACAUUGACGUCACUUCCACCGCCGUAGCGUCUCUUUUGCUCAACAUUGCGGAAAACCCACGAUUCCAGGAGACUUUGCGUCAAGAAAUUGUAGAGAUGAAGAGCGAUCCUGCCUACGAUGUGCAGCAGUACAUUGCCAAGAGGGAUGCUCUUCUCCACUACGCCGUUUUGGAGUCUCUUCGUAUGCGCCCUGUGCUUUGGUUCUCACUGCCGGAGAAAACUGCCAUCGACAAGGAGAUCGGAGGCUACUUCGUCCCUUCUGGCAGCGCCGUCGUCAUUGACUGGAAGCGGCUCAACACGGCGCCCUCGGUCUGGGGUGACGAUAGCGAGGUAUUCCGCCCAGAGCGGUUCGUCGGCAUGUCGCCUACCUCCUAUCGCCACGCCUUUCUUCGGUUCGGUUUCAGUCGCGAGAGGUGCCUGGGUAAGAAUAUUUCCGAGAUCAUCCUCAAGACGAUCCUGAUUGCCACCUUGGAGGGCUACAGCCUCAGGCCGAGCAAGCACAAUGCUGUCAGAGAGGAUCGCUUCACCGUGACACUGGAUGAUGAAGUCGAGUUUACCCCCAUUAAAUAA